GAGCUCGGCACCCUGGGAUUUGAAUGUACCCUCGAAGAGGUUGAUCUUGAAGAUAUCACUGAGAAUCAAAUCAACACAAUAAAAGCCUGCACAUCUGAGGAUCCAGGGACUAGCAGCUGUCCAGCACUGGAAAGAUCUACUUUUGAUAUGAGUAAAUGCCUGCAGGGCAUCUAUGAGGAUCUGAGUGCCUACAGGGCAGAGCUGAAGAACUUUGAUGAUCAAAAGGUGCUGGCAACUAUUGAUGGUAUGAUGAAAGCGCUGAAGAGCAGCAGCAGGAGCGUGCCACAGGCAUCAGCGGGCGUGGGGUUCACCUCCUUCCAGGAGAGGAUGAGGCUCUGCAGCAUCCUUCAGGGUUUCCGAAUCCGCACGAUCACCAUCAACAGGAUGAUGAACUACCUGACCUCUCUGGAGAGCUCGCUGACUGGCUCAAAUGAGACGAAGGUGGGUGGCAGCGUGGGUUUGCCCCGUACCGGCAUUCCCAGCCGCGAUGCCGGGAUCCGCCAUGCAGUAAUUGCUCCUGAAAGCCUUACGUGUGCUUAG